AUGAUACAUGGUGGUCCAUAUUCAGCUAGUUUAAAUAAACUUGAUUUUGCAUGGUAUCAAUGGAGUUCAUUGGCAGCUUCAGAAGGUUGGUUAGUAUUAGAACCGAACUAUCGAGGAUCAACAGGUUAUGGUGAUGAAUUUCUUAAUGAAAUUCGUUAUAAACCUGUAUCUCGACCAGGAAAAGAUAUACUUUAUGGAAUCGAUCAAUUGAUUCAAGAUGGAAUUGUUGAUCAAUACAGACUUACUAUUGGUGGGCAUAGUUAUGGUGGUUUUUUAACAAAUUGGUUGAUUACACAAACGAAACGCUUUAAUGCCGCUCUGUCAGGUGCUGGUACUAUAGAUUAUACUUCAAUGUGGGGUAUGACUGAUAUGCCUGUAUUACUACAUUAUUUAUUUGGAGGAUUUCCAUGGGAAGUACCAUAUAUUUAUCAAAAUGAAACACCUAUUUAUCAGUUAGAUAGAGUACGUACACCGACACACAUCGUCACUGGUGAAAAUGAUAUUCGAGUUCCUACAAGUCAGAGUUAUAUAUUUGAACGAAGACUUAAUUAUCUUGGUAUACCAGUUAAAUUAAUUACUUUUCCAAAACAAGGCCACUCCUUGACUAGUAAUCCUUGGCAUGGGAAAAUAAAAGUUCGAGAAGAACUCAAAUGGUUACAAAAGUAUGGUAAUCAAUCACUGAAUUACAUUGAGUUAUCUGAUACUUCUCGCCCUCCACUAUUUACAUAUACGACAAAAAGGUCUUUAUAUUGUUCUGCUGAAUGUCACAAGCGUAUCACUUGUCGAACAUUUGAUUUUGAUGCUGAUUCUUUACAAUGUCGUUUAUGGGAAAUGGAUAACACAACGGGUUCAAUUGUUGCUUCACCAUCAAAACCACGAUCAUCUGUUGGUUCAGUUCAAAUAUCUCCCAAUAAUUAUGUUAACAUUCACAAUCAGUCAUGUAGUCAUUGUGAUCAAAGUCGUUAUGAAAUAUGUAAUGUAAAUACUUCAACUUGUCAAUGUCCACCAUUUACAUAUUGGAAUAAUGGAAUGUGUAUGACACAAUUAUUUCAAGGUCAGUUAUGUUCACAUGCAGAUGCUUGUCGAACGGAUCUUAAUCUUUCAUGUCAACCAAGUUGUGAUUUUACUUAUCGAUGCUCAGUUCUUCCAACCGCAGGUAUUGGUUUGACAGUUGCUGGUUUUUGCAAUGGCAGUACAGAUGCAGGUGCACUUGGUGUAAUGGGUCCUUGGGGUAUCUAUGUUUCACCAUUCGAUGGAAUCCUAUAUGUAACCAAUUUUGAUUUGCCUCGAUUUCAAUCAUUUUUACCAUUCUCACGUAUUGGAUCUACGAUUCUCUCUAACGGACUCGAUUCGCCUGAGGAUAUAUUUGUUGACAGUUCACAUAAUAUAUAUAUGUCUGAAUACUACAUUGGUCAAGGUAUAAUGUACAUUCGACGACCAGGAAUGAAUCUUACAAGCUUUCCACCAAUAGGUCAAUCAGGCUCAUCCUGUUCUCUAACAGGAUUAUAUCAAGUUAUUGGUGUAGUUGUUGAUCAAUUCGGCAAUAUUUACGCAGCACCGGCUCGUUGCUAUAUGAUCGUAAAAUGGGUACCAAAUAGUACGACUGGUAUCCUUGUUGCUGGAAAUCCAGGACAUAUUGGCACAGGUAGUAAUGGAUUAAAUUGGCCUCGAUUUAUGCAUUUAGACGAAGUUCGAGGAGCCUUAUACGUCGCCGACACUGAUAACAAUCGCAUUCAAAAAUUUAUGAUAGGCGGCAACGGAACAGGAAUAACAGUGGCAGGUGGAAAUGGACCGGGAUUGAAUCUUAACCAGUUGAAUGGUGCUUCAGGUGUUUGGGUCACACGCAAUGGUCAAACUCUUUAUAUUGCUGAUACUAACAAUAAUCGUGUUAUGCGAUGGAAUAUUGGAGACACACAAGGAUCGGUGGUAGCCGGCAGUGCAAGUGGUGUUGCGGGUAAAACCAAUACACUUCUUUCGUAUCCAGGUGAUGUGGCACUUGAUCCUACUGAAACAUAUUUAUAUAUUUCCGACUAUAAUAAUAACAGGGUGCAACGAUUCGUUCUUCAAUAA